UCCCUACUUCUCACUCUCCCUCCCUUUGGUCCCUCUGCAGAUUUCGCCGACUCCUCCUCUCCUCUCCUCUCCCAAUAUAUAUAUAUAUAUAUACACACACAUUCAUACAUAUAUUCACAUAAUCUUUUUUUUCUCUCUACCGGCGAUUUUCAAUCCCUCCGACCGCCGGUGAUCCCUCGAUACUUUUGCGGCACUGUAAGCAUACAUGGUAAGGAUCUUCAGGAUUUCAAGUUAGUUGAAGGGACUGGUGUACACUUCACCAUAAAGCAGUAAACUUUUUUCUUGGUGAGAUGUUCAAGGAAAUCCAGCUGUACCAAUAAAAGUCAACUGUACUUGGCUUUUAAUGAGAGACUGCUGCUCGAGAUCAAUUACAUCUAUACUAUAGAAGUUCGAUUUUAUGAGCCAUUAACUGAGAAUACAUGUCGGUUGGAAAGCUCAGAAUAGGUGCUACGCCAGCUGCAAUGAAAGCCGAUGAGGGAAAUGAUUCGCUUGAUACUUUGAUUAGGCAAGCCAUAGGCAAGGAGCCUCUUUUUUCUUUUUCAAGAACAGGGGAUGGUCCUGUCCAGUGGUUUCAACUGCUUCAUGGUUUAGAGCAGCAAGAUAAUGCUGGUGGUUGGCCAAUGCUAACACCGUUAAAACUUCAGAAGUGUGAAAAAUGUUCUCGGGAAUUUUAUGCCCCUAUAAAUUAUCGGAGACAUAUGCGUCUGCAUCGUCGAGCUUUAAACUUUGAUAAGGAAUCUCGCAAAUACAGGGAUCUGCUGGGAGCAUUUUGGGAUAAGCUCUCAGUGGAUGAGAUUAAGGAAGUUGUAUCGUUGCAUGAUGUUUCAAUAAAGGUAAGUACCAGAUUCACGUUACCUGUCCAUGAUGUUUCAAUAAAGGACCUUGCUGGAUCUUCACUUGUUAAUGACCUGGCAACAUCUCUGCAAAAGAUGGCGAUUUGGGCUCAUCCUCAAGAUUAUUAUGAGGCUGGUUUAGCUUUGUUGGAAGUCAUCCAAGGUAAACCUUCCAAGCUUCCAAUUACCUCUCAGGAAUUAUUUAGCAUCCUUGAUGAUGCUAGCGAAACAACAUUUUUAUGUGCCGGCACAGCCGAGUCGGUGCAAAAAUAUGUUUUUGACGGGUAUGCUGCCAAAAAAGGUCUCGAGUUUAAAAACUUGGUUGCUUGCGCUAGCUUCCUUUUUGAACAGAAACUGGUAAAAGCAUGGUUCGCAGACAAAGAUGCUGAAGCUAUGAGAUGCCAGAAGUUGCUUUUUGAGGAGGAAGAAGCUGCUCAAAAAAGACGAGCUGAGCUGUUGGAACGGAAAAAGCUGAAAAAGCUUAGGCAGAAGGAACAGAGAGCAAGAGAGCAAUCAAAUUGGGAAAGGGGAGAUUUGGAGGUACCUGCUGAUUCUUUUGAAGGUCCAAUAGCAGAAUCUUCUGUCCGUUCAGCGGCAGCAUCUGAAUCCAGUUCUAGUACUCCCCAAGUAUCUGAUGAUAUUUACUCCUGCCUUGAACUUGUUCAAUUCUCUAACAAUGAAAAUAUGGACAUUGAAGCCCAACUAAAUAUCUCUCAUCCGCACCUGGAUCUAGUUGAAAUUCAGGAUGUUGAGCCCCCUCCAGUGUCUGCAAAUAGUCGACGGCAUUUCCCCCACACCCAGUGGCAAGUCGCAAAAUCACAACGAACAGGGAGAAAUGGUUUUCGUAACAACCAGAAUCAUGAAGUACAGAAUCUUGAACCAAUACAGAAGCAUGGAGUUAUUAAAGACCGAGGUGCCCCUGUUAAUGGCAGUAAGAUUUGGACAAGAAAAAUUAGAGUGCAAAAUGGUGAGCGCUUAAGGCUGGAUCCGCAGAAAGAGGCAAUUGAUCAAAAUCAGAGGAACUGUGAAGUGAUGAUUGGUUCUAUAUCUGUUUCAAUGAAAAAUUGCAGCACACAUGGACAGGGUAACUGUCCUGCUGUCGAAAGAGAUAACUUUGAAAGCAUAGAGCCAGCCAUGCUACAAAAGUUAAAUCAUGUACAGAAGCCAGCAAAGCACGAUGUUCUUCAGGGUGGGUCAAAUGGAGCAGCUGUGAAGCUCUGGAGGCCUGUGAGCAGGCAUGGAAGUGGACGACAAGAUCCUGGAGAGGAUGUGAUCUCUGUAAAGUUGGACAAUCGGACUUCCUCCACUGAAAAUAAUUUGCGAUUAUGCUCGAGGGACAACCCUACUGGCAAGACUAAGAAUUACACAUGUCAGGUUUCAGAUGGAAAUGUUCUUCAAGGUCUGGGAUUUUGCAGUGUUUCUGCGAAAGCUUUUCUAUCUCAGAGAUGGAAGGAGGCAAUCUCGGGAGAUCAUGUUAGAUUAGUCCUUUCCGAUGACAUUGAGGUUUCAGGACAGUCCGACACGCAAAAUGGCAGUUCAGAAGCAGCCCCGCGGUCAGCUGAUCAGGACCAUGGUAUUCUUGUCAAAGCCGACAACCAGCAGGCAAAUACUGGAGAUCUUAGUUUUUCGUCCAAUGGCAACAGUAAGGUUAAGUUUAGGCAGAAGCCUGAUAAGUCUACUAAGAUAAAGUGCAUUCCAAAGCAAAAAAAACAAAAACAAAAACAAGCCUUAAUUUAGUAGGAUAAAGGUAUUUCAUGGGUUAUAAUACCAGAUUGUGCACAGCUUUUACGGUCCAGCAGAGGUUCCGUUUUACCUGUGGUCUUCUGUCAAAGAGUUGAAGGAAGGUUUUCUAGAGUAUACAGUCCCAUUGUCGCAGCAUUAUGGCUAGGGUAGUUUUCUUUUUGCAACUUCCAAUUUUUCUCUAAUAAGUUGGCUUUCUAAAUUUUUUGAUCUCAGUGCUCGCCAUUUUCUGCCGUUGCCGCUCAACAAAUCUCAUGUUUUCUCGGACAAUAUGUGAAUAUAGGAUCAAUUGAUAAGAUAAUCCCAAUUAUUUACAGAACAAUUAGAUUAGCACUCACUCUGAGCUUCUUCCAAAUUAUUUUUUGUGCUUAUUUGGUUCAGUCAAAGGCCCCACUUGUAUGAUUAUACUGAGUUUGUUGUUGUUUACUAAUGGAUAACUUUCUUGCUACA